UAAAUGAAAUUGUCAACAGUUAGAAGCAUCGUAAGAACUCGACAAAACAGAAACGAUCAUCACCUUCACGAGCAAGGCGAACCCGUUUACUUUUGAAGUAGAAAUCCUCGACGUCACGUCAAUUCAAACCCGCUUCUCACUCUGGAAAGUUGCAAUAAGAAAUUCAAAACAAUUUUCUCUUGAGUAUACGUACUAACAAACUGAGCGUUAGCUUCUUUCCUUCAUUUCCCUGAGUUAAAAAAAAAAUGGCAAUCAGUGGUACAGCGCGACCGUCGCGUGUUGCCUCGGCAACACUCGCAGCUUUCAGCACGACUGCUGCCCGAGGACUGCUCUUGAAAUCGCUGCCGCCGGAAGGAGAAGACGCGGCGGACGCGGUCGCGGAUCCACGACUUCCGUCCACAACUAAACCUUCGACAUCCGAAUCGGACGAAGCGUCGCGUCGCCCUUUGCUAGCAGCCAAAAGCAGGACCACUACAACUGCAGCGGCGACUGAUUCGAAAAGAUCUGCGGCGUCUUCGUUCGCGUCUCUGGACGCCCUGGUAGCGGGGGCGCUGGAACAGGUCGGAAUUUCGACAGAAGAAGGAAAAGUUGGAACAACUCCACCGGAAAUCGCGAUCGACGAAGCAAAGCAAACCAUCCGGGUGAGCUUUCCCAACGCAACGGCUACUGGCCCCAGUGCAGGGCGAGGACCGGAAAGAACUUCCUCCCUGCUGGAGAAAAACAAGCGGUUGAAUUUGGCAGCAAAAAGAACGGAGCAGCAAGAGGCGCUUUUCCGUGAAAGUAAAAUGCAGCUGGACGAGUACCAACUCCAACCCGGGGAGAUCUACUGUCCGCGGCCGGAAAAUUUUGGCAUUGAUGACGACCCGGCGAACGGAGUGUUCUACGACGGCCCGGAGUACUACCCUGACAACGUGAAGGCGGUGAGUUCGGCGGAGGUGGCGAUCUACGAGGACGGGCUGACCGGGUGGACCAUCAACGCCAAGGGCCGGGUGUCGAGUAAGUUCGCCGUGGAUUUGACCGGCGGGUACAUGGAGUUCAAGUACGACGCGUCCGGGGUAACUUCCAACGCGAUCAACGCGAAUUUCUACGCGUGCGCGCAGAGUAAAGACCUCAUGAACGGCCUGACGGAAACGUCGACGGGCGAAGAUGUGAAGCGCACCUACUGCGACGCGCAGCCUUCCACCGCCGACAAGGGGCUCGGGGGCAGCUGCGAGGAGUUCGACCUGUGGGAAAGCAGCGGCCAGGAGGGCGGGCGGAUCACCAUGCACCGCGCGUUCGACGGCAGUGGCCAGGACAUGCGGGACUUUGAGCAGCCGGAGCCAAACGCGGUGCUAUCCGGCGUGAAAAUCGCUUCUAGCCUACUUCCAGAGUAAGUUGUGCCUUUUAGAUGAUGUACCUACUUGCCACUGGAAAGGAAAAAAAAAUGAAUCUAUCGGGUGCAUGGCCAGGAUCCCCUCGUGCUGUCCUCCGACGACUUGCAGGGUGUUCUUUUCCGGCUCUGGUUUUGUACAAAGCGUCAAAGCUUUUUAAAAUCUUUUCGACAAAUUAUUCAGUAAGUAGACUCUUGGCUCUGGGAACUACAAGGUAUUUUUCCGCAGGAUAAGCCUUUCGUUGGAGCCAGUUUGACGACGGGGGCGGCAAGAUGGAGGUCGGGACCCAAAGCCACGACAUGCCGGCCAACUUUCGCGGGGUCAAUGUCCGCGACAUCGGCCGGGACCGCGGGUGGCGCAUUCACUCCAGUCAGUGGACGGGGUGGACUCCGAAAGCCGGCAACCGCAUGGAUCACGACGCGCUGGCCAGGCCCUCGGUUUAUCGCAUUCGCGGCUUCCGAGGGAGCUGGACCUGGAUCGCCGGCACGAAACCCCCCAAGUGCGACGCCAACGGCAAGGUGCCGCAGCCGGGCGGUGGGGCGGGUAGAAAAGUUGUGGUGUGAGUUGUAGCAACAAACUGCGUCAUUUUGGACAAGCUUUCUACUAGCAUUUGUUCAUGAAUAGAAAUGAAUGUAGUACUGGUCGUGUUUCUGCUAGGAAAAGAAGGCCGUUCACAGUAGAAGAAAGAUAUUCAAUCUUCUUGUAACGAAAUAGAACACCGAUCCAAGAAUUCCGAGCUUCCGUACUGUCAAUCCAUACAGGGGCCGCCAACGGCGCGACCUCCGGUGAUGCGACCGGAGUGCAACUGGGUGGUGGUGCCAGUGUUAAUGGCGUAGCGAAUUCCGCCACUGUUUUGGGUUACCACAGGGAACAGCAAAAGCCUCCGCACUUCAGCCAAUGUCUUGCUCGUUGUGCUCGCUGACUCGGCAGCGCCAGGAGCGAGGCGCCUGUUUUCAUCAUGUAGUUUGCACCAGAGUCUUUUUCAAUAUCUUUGCUGGUUUUCUUCUACCCUGCAUGCUCAAGUGUAAGUGCCAAGAAGUGCUGUAUUAAGUUGGCGAUUGCAUGUCGAUUUAUGUUCUUGGUGGCAGCAGUAUUUUCAAUGAUAGAGCAGGGCAAUGAUUAUCGGGCGUGCUGUAUGCGUAGGCUUUUCACUCUGAUACGAAUGCAACUUCGGGACAAGGCGGCGUCGCGUCUCUACAAGCAGGUGCGGGACAACAGGCCAUGCUGGGUGCGUCAAACGUUGUCUUAUCAUCUUGAAAACAGAAAUAGCAACAGCUCUACCGGCGUCCGUGCAUAGUGAUGUGAGUAAUUUGAUUGGGUUAUUGCAGGAAUCAAAAUGUGAUACUUGCGUCACCACGAAGAGGACGAGACACGGUCGUCACCGUCCUUCUAAUUCACGAGACAAAAGCAAAAGCAUGCUGCAAGACUAGGAAAGUAUUCGUGCCCCCAACGAUGCAGUCACGCAAUAAAGGUAGUGCAGAUUUCUACUUCACAUUUUUCCAGAUGAUAAGAAAACGGCGCGCAGCCUUACGUGAUGAACAACGGUCAAUUUGCGGCCCGCCCCGCCGAUGAUCAAUGCUGCGGUGGCAACCAAGGGCAAGCAGCGCUGCCGCCUUCCGUGGCCGCCGGUCAACCUCUCGCUUCUUCCCUGGCCGGUCAACCUCUCGCUACAUCGCAGCAAGCGGCGGUGGCUCAAUCGCAGCCGGUCACUGGUACUGGUGGUCAAGGAGUCGCUGGUGUGCAGGGUGGACUCGCUGGUGCGCAAGGGGGACUCGCUGGUGUUCAAGCUGGACUCGCUGGUGGUCUGCAAGGACUCGCCGGUGCGCAAGGAAUGGGUGCGCAAGGACUCGCUGGUGCGCAAGGAAUGGGUGCGCAAGGAGUGGCUGGCUCGCAAGGAAUGGCUGCGCAAGGACUCGCUGGCGCUCAAGGAGUGGGUACGCAAGCGGGGCAACAAGGAGGCGCUGCACAGUUGGCAAGAUAAACCAACGUGAUCCGUGGAGCGGGCAGGUUUGGGAUGAUCUCGUAUGCGGGUUUUCUGUCACAACUUCUGGAAUUGUGAUGCUCUUGUCCUCAUGCUGAUCACAGACACACAUCAAUCAUGGUUCCAUUGUUUUGCUACGCGCAUUUUUGGGCGCUUACAUCUUUAUUUGCGGUUUUUUUUAAACAUUUGUUUCGCAAGACUAGUUUAUCGAGUUAAUUUGAUUCCGUUGUACAAUUUCUACUGCUGCAUUUUUGCCCAUGGUUCGCUCUCCCUAUUAGUACAGUAACAAUUUUUUUUUAAAAUUUGCACUGCAAACUUCUGCGCAGAAGCUACCACGAUUACCCCGCAAGCAUUCGGUAGUCCUGCACGUUCCUGCUUUUUCUUCCCCUUAUGAAGAAGUUCUAUUUAUCGGCUCUAAAUGGCAGGCGUCAACAGUACAUACUUACACCCAUUUUUUGCAGAGCAAGACAAUUUUAAAAUCCCCUUUCGUUGAUAAAGAU